ACCAUAAUCCAAGAACGCAUAUAUACACAAAAAAUAAUGUAUUGAUGAGAAUGCAUUUUUAUUGAAUGGAGAGAGGAAGUAAUGCUGAUAAUAAAAAAAAAAAAGUCUAUGUAUAAAUAUGAAAGAUAAAUAAUAGGUAGAAUGUGUAAUAAUAAGAAUAAUAAAAAAAGAGGAGUAUAUAUCUACAUAACGGUAUUGACACGUCUAUAUUUGUUGGAGCCAGGCAUUGUAUUUUUGGGACCUUGUGAACAUAACCUUUUUACUUGUUCCACAGCCUUAAUAUUUUCCAAUUGGAUAGCCUUGUUGUAUAUGGUCAAAACAUCCUUUAGUUGUAAUGGUUUCAGUUCACCGCCUUUGAUAAAAGAAGCAUUCAAAAGUUGAACAGCAUAAUCUAAUUCAUUUGCUCUAUUGUUCAAAUAUAAAAAA